AGUUUUCCCCACGGAGGGUAUCUUUUGGCCAUUGUUGCUAAAGCCACCUACCACGCGAACGAAGGCAGAAAUCAGCCUGACAUCCUGCAUAUUUCAGCCAGCUACCUGCGCGGCGUUUCCAUCGGCCCUUGCGAAAUCCAUACACGGCCACUUUCCGAGGGCAGUAGUUUCCGCUACGUAGAGGCCGAGCUACACCAGAGGGGUCAUGUCAGGAUCAAAUGCACGUUCAUCUUCGGCUCGCUCGGCUCCGGAGCGACUGCCAAUGGUCCACCAGAUCAAGUACGCAGCAGGUUGAACAUCACUCCGAGCUCUCCUUUAGCACGACAUGUCCCGUUAUCACACCAUCCGUCGCGGGCGAUAUCCAGUCCUACCAUGCCUCAGGCUCGUUUCCGUACCAGAGUCGACUGGGCGAUCGACCCUGCUCCACUCAAGCGGAACAAGGCCCGAUCCCGUACGUUGAUCACGGGCAGCGAAAGGCAUGGGCUACUUCCACCCGAGGCUGGCGGAGGCUUGGAAUGGGCGGCGUGGUUCGACUUCACGGACGAAGAUCUGGUUCUCGAGCAAUCGCUCAUCGUCUUCUUCUCCGACGUCUUUGGGCGAACGCCGGAUCUGUACUCCGCCGCAGUGGGCAAGGGCAUCGGCGAUGAAGUAUAUUAUUCAUAUACAACCCUAGCACUCCACAUCGACUUCAUCUCUCCGUUCCCGAAAGACGAUCCCACUACGUCCAAGCGAUCCGUCGGGUUAUACUCUGUGGGCAAGUUCAUGCGGAACGGUCUGCACGACGGAUGUGUCGAGAUUUGGUCAUCUCCCGGUCUUAUCGGAGCCGGCACCGAGUCAGAUGGGUGGCGGGAGAAAGCUGUCUGUCUUGCGACAGCAUCGCAGGUGACUCUGGCGCAUCCAUUGGGCAAUAAGCUCAAGAGGCACAUUGAGAAGGGACGAGAGGAAGCCAAGCUCUGA